UAGAGCGUACUUGAAACCAUGGAAACCAAAACGAAGUUUACGGUUAUCGGUUCAACGUUAAGAAGAUGAUUACAGCUGUCUUCAUCACAUUACUGCCACCACGGAACCGGAACCGGGUUAAACUUUAAUAGUGUAAUUUAACCUGUUUAGUGUUACCUCGGAGGACUAAACAGGUUGACGUUGUCGAACCUCUGCAGCCUUGGUAGCGGAGUUGCUAAUGCUCGACGAUGUUUAGAACCAAAAUCCUCUUUAUCGGUCCCUGUGAGAGUGGGAAAACGGUUCUUGCGAAUUUUCUCUCCGACACAACAGGUAAUGUGGGAGGAGAAUACAGACCUACUCAAGGAGUCAGAAUAUUGGAGUUCGAAUCACAAGCGGAAGGCAGUGGUGACAACAAGGCAUGUGAAGUUGAACUUUGGGACUGUUCAGGAGACUUCAGGUUUGAGUCCUGCUGGCCUGCACUCAUGAAGGAUUCCAGCGGUGUGGUCAUCAUUUUUAAUCCAGAUGUUCCAAGUCACCUCAAAGAAAUCGAGACGUGGCAUUCAAUGUUCAUCUCAUCUCAAAGCCUGCAAGACAAUCAGUAUCUGCUCAUAGCCCAUCACAAGCCUGGCAGUGAAGUGGAAGAUGGGCGACCGCCUUUAGCCUCACAUCUGAGCAGACUGCCAGUUAUUCAGUCCAACCUGGAGGAGGAACCCGAGGAUGUGAGAAGAGCCUUCUGCAGAUACUUGGGAAAUGUUGUAAAUACAAUGUCAGAGAAUAGAGAGAGAGAGGAGAUGUCCAUCAUUACAUAGACACACAUCCACAAAAUAUGGGGCUUAAUGGAGAGAUGAAGAGAUAUUUUCUUGGCAUCUGUUGGUGCCAUUAGCGAACAUUACUCAUUUUAAAGAAUGAUUUUACUCUACAUGUUGUCAUGCAGCUGUGCAUCUUUCCAAAACUAUUUGUAAACAUGAUUCACUUCUCUCCUGUUAUAAAUAAAACAUAAUGUUA